AUGAGUUUCGUAGUGUCCGCUCUGACCACAUCCGCUGCAGCCACACCACCGUUGAGAGGAAUCAGAUCACCUGUAGCGGAGAACGCAGCUACAAAUAACCUCUCUGCGAAUGCAGAAAAUCUGCACGUAUCAGGUGCUACAGAAGCUACAAAUACCGAAAAUGAAAUUUUGGUAGAUUCUACAUCAUCUAGAGCUAAAGCGGAAUAUUUUAGACAACUAGGACUUUUAGAUCCAGAAGCUGCAAAGGCAGCUGCAAAUAUACCUGUGAGUGCAGCUGCGAAGGCAAUAUAUUUAACUUUACGACCUUUCGGCGUUGCAGCUGUAACAGACGAAGAUGACAAUGCAGACUAUUUAGGUCAACAAUCGUUCGACGUUGCUGCAGAAGGAACUGGGGCUUGGAAUGCAGAUUAUUUAUGUCAACAGUAA